UCCCAUACCGACUUGCUCCCCCGUUGACAUAACCCCUCUCUCUCUCUCUCUCUCUCUCCCUCUCUCUCUCUCUCGCUAUAAUUCUCAAUCACUCUCUCUCUCUAGAAAUCACCACCGGCGGCGAUGAACCUAUCCGACGGCGGCGUGCGGCUGGAGCUGAUGCAGACGACCUCCUCCCCGCUGGCGAUCGACGUCUCGGAGACGGCGGAGACGAGGAUCCGACGCCUGAUAUCGGAGAAUCCAGUCAUCAUCUUCAGCAAAUCCGCAUGCUACAUGUGCCACGUCAUGCGGCUACUCCUCUCUGGCAUCGGAGUCCACCCCACCGUCAUCGAAUUGGACGACGAUGAUGAGAUCUCCGCCGUCCCUUCCGACGACGACGACGACGGUGGCGGCGCCGCCGCACCGGCGUUGUUCAUCGGAGGGACAAGAGUCGGCGGACUGGAGAGACUGAAUGCUCUCCACGUCGGUGGUCACCUGGUUCCCAAGCUCGUUGAAGUUGGUGCUCUCAGUGGUUUGGUAUUGUAAUUUUGUACUAGUAUUUUAUUUUAUUGGUAGUCUCAGUCUCUGUCUCUGUCAGUUUAUGAAAAUCUGUAUUAUUGUAAUUGAAAAAGAAAAUGCAAACCCACAAUUAUUAGCAAUAAUAUUGAUUAUAAUAAUAAUUAAUAAUUAAUUUCCUCUUUUUGUA